AGGUACUCCUUCGUGUCGAGUGUCAGUGUCGCGCUGCCAGGGCCGCAAACCGCAAACAAGGCAGCUGCGUCGGGCCCCGCACCUGCCAGGCCCCGCACCCCUACACGCAUAAGGGGCCCCGCACCCUGAACUGUUGCAAGCACACCGAAGGAGGCCAUUAUUGCGUCACUGCCUUGGGCUCCGUGCUGAGUAACACCGUCCCUGCUCGCCUCGGACCGCUGGAAUAGCCUCCGAAGCCCUGCCGCCCCUCCUCCCAGCAGCUCCCGACGACGCAAGGCCUCAGGAGACAGCCACGAGGAGCCGCGCAGACCCUCAGGCCGCGACGAGCCCAGCACGGCCACCUGCGGCAAGAUGGCGCACCAAUUGGAGCAGCUGUUGACCUGCUGCAUCUGCCUCGACCGCUUCCGGAACCCCAAGCUGCUGCCAUGCCAACACUCGGUGUGCAUGGAGCCCUGCAUGGAGGGCCUCGUCGACUAUGUGCGACGACAGGUCAAGUGCCCGGAGUGUCGCGCCGAGCACCGCAUCCCCUACAACGGCGUCCAAGGCUUCCCCUCCAACGUCACCCUCCAGCGGUUCCUCGAGGCCCACAUAGAAAUUACGGGCGAGACUCCGGACCCACACACGGGCCAGUACAUGGAGAGGUGUAAUGUUUGCAACGAGAAGAACUACCUCUCCGUGUGCGCUCACUGUGACAAGAAAAUCUGCGAAGACUGCAAGGCGGCGCACUCCGACAUCCUCAAGAGAGAGAUUGGCCGCAUCAACAACCAGGUGAAGCGUGCGGCCCACCGCCUCAACGACCAGCUGUCCACGGUGGAGAGAAACAUCGUGUCGCUGAAGCAGAACACACACAGCGUCAGCGAGGAGAUUGAGAACAUCUCCAAGCGGCUGCAGAAGUCAGUCAAGGACCGGUGCUCCUUCCUCAAGUCCGAGGUUGAGAACUACUACACUGUGGAGCUCAAGAACCUGAACACCCUGAAGGAGAGCCUGGACCAGGAAGUGUCCAACAUCAACGCCAACAUUGACUUGGCGGAGAAACACAUGGACGACAACACGCCCUGGGACGAUGCCGAGCUCAUGGACACCAAGGACAUCUUCCUCAAGACCAUGGAGUUCAUACGAAGCUUCGACUAUGAGGCCGGAGACUACAGCAGGAGGGCGAGAUUCAACCCUCCCGAUGAUCUCAACAAGCUGGUGUCGAGCCUGACCAGCCUGGGCGACCUGAGCUUCAGUUCCUCCAACAAGGCGAGCGACAACUAUGGCCUGUCCCCGUCCCUCGGCUCGGGCCUCAUGAAGAGCAAGAGCGACCACCGACUGGCAGCUCAGUUCCGGGACCAGGAGGAUGCCUACGGCUACUCAGGCAGGACCUCACCACUCAUGCGCAGACGCUUUGGGGAGAGGACCGUGGAGAGGCACGACGAGGAUUCCCCGGCUGACUCUGGGCGGCGGCGCUUCCGGUCAAGGUUCAUGCGAAAAGAGGAAGACGAGGACCGCUCGGUGCGCUUCUCCGAAGAGGAAGGUCCCAAGCGACAGCGAGUCUUUGACACCGAGGACGUCUCGCGCGGGCCACUCUCUGGCAUCGUUCGGCUCUUCGACUCACCACGCGUAAUGAAGCGCUUCCAGGAGCGAGACCAACUCAAGAACAAGAAGAAGGAGGAGCCGCCCCCCAAGCCCCCCCAGCCCAGCCUGCCCAAGCCGCCCGUCACGCCCCUCCAGCGCAAGACCUCGCGCCAGACAAGCGAGGACGAGAUAGACAAGAUAAAGAAGCAGAACAAGUCCGAGGCAUCAUCAUCCUCGGCAGGAGCGGCGGCGGCCAGCCCCAUCAGCAGCUCUACCCCCUCCACCCCUUCCACCCCCACCACUCCCAAGCCUGCCGGGGAGCGUGUGUCCUCCAUCAGGGAGGACACGCGCCAGAGCCGCAGCGACCGCACCUCCACCUCCCCGCGGUCGUCCGCCAACCACUCCCCCACGUCCUCCGUCACCCGUGAGGAUGACUCCACCCGGAGGCGUGGCGACACCUCCACCUCGGCCACCACGGCCUCCAGUCGCUCCGCCGCCCCAUCCCGCAAGACCAGCGUGGACACCGGCGUGACCAGCGUGGCGCAGCGCUCCUACCCCUUCAGCCGCUCCUCCUCCAACUCAUCCGUCGGUGACAAGGACAAGAGUGCCAGCGGCGGGGGCAGCGGUGGCGGCAGCGGCAGCGGCACGCGCACGCCGCGGCAGCUGGACACUGCCAGCUAUGAGCGGCGGCUGAGCCGCUCCAACAGCACUGACAGCAACAAGUCUGCUGAGGGCACCACGUCCCCCAAGAAGCCCACGGGUGCCGCCUUUUCAACCGAGGAGCUCAAAAACCGCUUCUCGAGGCAGGACUCCCGGCCGUCCACCUCCAAGGCGGAGGCGACGGGACGCUCCGGGGAAUCGGGCAGGUCGCGCUUCCAGUCGCGUUUUUUAGGCCGAGCCGGUACUCCUUCAGUAGAGGCCUCGAAGGAAUCAGAGAAUGAUGACGACGAUGAAACUACAGAUGAUUCCGAGUCCGAAGAGAGUGAAGAGUCUUCCGAUGAAGAGGAGGAGGAGGAGGAGGAGGAAGAGAAGACCACCACCACCACCACCACUACCACCACCUCACGCUCUCGACCGGACAUUGGGCCCUUACUGGGGAGGAGUGCCCAGUCUCGCGAUGUAGGCAGUAGUAGUACUAGCACUAGUUCACGGUGGGGCGACAGGAGCUCCUACCCGCCCGCCACCUCCAGCAGCAGCGGAGAGUCCGGCUACAGCAGCAGGUACGGCAGCAGCAGCGACACCAGCAACGGCAGCACCACCAGCAGCCGCUACGGUGCCUCCAGCAGCAUGAGCAACGACUCCGGGGUGGGCAGCGCACUGAGCCAUCGCCGGCCCUCCUACGUGGAGAGCAAGCCUCCCACCAAGGAGAAGGAGGAAGACUUUGAAUCCAAGUACCCUUACUCCAGCAAGUACCUGAACCGCUCCAAGCCCGCCGAGGAGGAGCCAAAGUCCAACUUCCACAGCCGCUUCCUCAACAGGUCCAAGAGCUCGGCCGUGCUGGGCCCCGACGACAACACGGACGACUCCUCGUCCGGCGCGACGCACGGCACCAGCCGCGCUCGCUUCGAGGAGCUGAAGGAGCGGCGGCAGCGGCUGGCACGAAGCAGGAGUUCUGCCGGCCUGGAGGACGAGGACAGCGCCGCAGCGGACACCUCCUCCUCCGCUUCCAACUACCGCUCCCGCUAUGGCCGAGACACCUCCUCACCUUCCUCGCGCUCUGGAGCAGCGGCCUCACCCGCCAGCGGCACCAGUGGCGGCGGAGGCAGUGAAGAAGGCGGCUCCUCUUCCACGCAGCUUUCCAACUGGGCGCGCUACCUCAAGAACAAAUACGGGAACAGAAGCAACGCCAGCAGUGGAGACAGCAAUUCACGCAGCACGCUGAGCAGCAGUGGGAUGGGCAGCAGCGGCAGCAGCAGCAGUGCCGCCGGCGGUGCGAGUGCCAGCUCUCUGCUGGGCAGCGGCCGCACGGGGGGGCGGGCAAUCACUCGGUCCCGCUCCUCGCACCUUCUUGGUCUCGCCAAAGAGGGAGAAUCUUCAGAAGAUGAUUCAAAAAACGUGCACGCUACCCCUACUUCCCCGCUAGCAGGUACGGGGGUUCCUACUCCGUUCGGAAGUUUCCAUAGGAGCCAGUACCUGCAGAAGCAGCGCCUCUUACUUAAGAUCGGGAGUAGGGGUAGUGAACAAGGAAACUUUACAUGGCCAAGAGGCAUCGCUGUUGGGCCAGACAACAGCAUUGUGGUCGCUGACUCCAGCAACCACAGAGUGCAGGUGUUUGACCAGCACGGCAAAUUUGUGAAGGAGUUUGGCAGCUACGGCAGCGCAGAGGGUGAGUUUGACUGCCUGGCGGGCGUGGCCGUCAACAGGAUCGGCCAGUUCAUCAUCGCCGACCGCUAUAACCACAGGAUCCAGGUCUUUGAUCCCUCGGGCAACUUCCUCCGAUCCUUCGGCAGCCAGGGCAGCGGUGACGGCCGGUUCUCCUACCCUUGGGGCGUGACCACCGACGCCCUCGGGUUCAUCUACGUCUGCGACAAGGAGAACCACCGCGUGCAGGUGUUCCAGUCUGACGGCUCCUUCGUGGGCAAGUUUGGCUCCAUCGGCAGCAAGCCGGGCCAGCUGGAGCACCCACACUACAUCGCAGUCUCCUCCACUAACAGAGUCAUCGUCUCGGAUUCCAACAACCACCGCAUCCAGAUCUUCGACAUCAACGGCAAGGUGACCACCACCUUCGGCUCGGAGGGCAGCGAUGACGGGCAGUUUAAGUUCCCAAGGGGCGUGGCGGUGGACGACCAAGGGUACAUCUUCGUGGCGGACAGUGGCAACAACCGGAUCCAGAUCUUCCACCCCGACGGCACCUUCCUGAGGGCCUUUGGCUGCUGGGGGUCCGGCGAGGGUGAGUUCAAGGGUCUGGAGGGCGUCGCUGUCAUGUCCAACGGCAACAUUCUGGUGUGUGACCGCGAGAACCACCGCGUCCAGGUGUUCUAGAAGGUUGUGAUGGAACGCUGCUCUCAACUCUCCUCUUUGUGUUGUUAGAAGUCUACUGUCGUCGCCCUUUGUGAAGACUAAAUGCUACAGUCACCACCACUUUGCAACGUUCAAAGUCGACAAUCAACCCCCUCAUUGUUUAGAUGGAAAGCUACAAGCAACUCUGUUCUUUUUGUUAGUCUACAAUCAACACCCUUUUAGUGAAGAGGAAAAGCUGCAAUCGACUCCACUCUACUCUUAGUUGUGUUAAAAGUGUACAGUCAACUCCCUUCAUGUGAAGAUGGAAAGCUAGUCAAUUCCUCUUGUGAUCUGAAGCUAGUCAACUCAUCUAUCCUACGAUCAACACCGUUUUGAUGAGGACGGAAAACUAUUUAAUUCCCUCCAUCAAGACGCAAAGCUAGUCAACUCCUUCAUAGAAUUUGCCUGUUGUUUAAACCCUGACCUAGUUGGGUUAAGCGGAUUUUCUCAGUCAAUCCGCGCAUAACCUCCAGGGAGUUUAGUUUUAGCCUGGUUUGGGGCUGCGAGGAAGGUGGAGUGCCAAGCCGCUCCACUCCUCCACACACGCCUCAGACUUGUGAUUGCCUAAGUUACAAAGCAUCUGUUUUAAUGUGGUUUAAUAGAUUUUAAUGUGUUUGUAAAUAAAUGAAUUUUUUAUGAAUAUAUGGCAGCAUCAGCGCUGAAGAAAUAAGUCUAGGGCAUCUGCAAGCUUGAGAAAGACGUGUGUUGAUAACAGAACUAAGUUGAGCGUGUGAAACCUUUUGACCUGUGCCUUCGUAGUGUAUCCAUUGGUCUAAGUCAGUCUCUCAGCCAGUCUACUCAGGUGAGGCCAGCAAGCUCCAACCCUUGAGUCAGUCUUUGUCCUGUAUUACAAGACAUUUUCGUUUCUCUCAUCAACUAUUUCUAAAGGUCAAAGAGAGGGUCAAUCGGGUUAUAAUGAGUGUUUCUUUAGGUUCACCAUACAGAAGAAGGGUCAUACUAUCACCAGGGUCAUAAAACUACUACUGGAAAUGCCCCAAACUCCUAGGAAAGCUUUGUCUAAUAGGUGAACUUGGGCGACGAAAUUAAGAAUACGGCCCUUUUAUCAGCAGUCAGCCAGGCUACUCGGGGGGUGAGACCUUCAAGUUUUACCCCCCUGAGUCAGUCUGUUCAUCUCACUGAGCGGGGUGGGGCCAGCAAGCUCCACCCAGAUCAGAAAACAACCCCACAACCCCACGUACUCCUCACCAGCACUUGGCAGUCCCUCGUAACACCCUUAGUUCUUAACCCAUGUGUAGAUGCAUGCACGGCAGUUUGUUUAGCUGAUCACAAACAUACUACUGGUGAUAACUUUUUCACUCUUGUACAGCGAGCCGCGGGGAGUUCCACUGUGCUUCCCUCGGCUGUGUGGAACGGUCAGGGGGGAGAGGGUGCAACUUCUGCAUUGGACUUGUCUUCUAACUUGUUAUAAGGAAACUUUUUUUUCAAUGUAUUUACUACUCAAAAUAAUCUAUAUAUCAGUGUUGGAUACAUAUCGUUGUUUGUAGCCGAAAACUAUUUUUUAUUUGUUUGGUGCAGUGAACAGAGAUAUUACAGAGAAAAUAAAGACCAAGACACUGAUUUCUCAAGAUGCAAACUUACACACGCACACACACAUACAUACAUACACACACACAUGUAUGGUUGUGGAUAUAAACAUCAAUCACUUUACUGUAAACUUGUGAAGACUCUAGCCCCUUUCCACAUGGCAAGUCACAGGGUGUAGGAGGAGUGAGGGAGACCAAGAGAGGGAGGAAUGACCUGGCAGGGAAGAGAGGAGACAACAUGGAAAGGUACUAGAGACACAAGUUUUAAGUGCACUGAUCUUUUAGUCCACAACUUUACACAUUAAGGUAGGUGAAUUGUGAGUCUUCAAUGUCUUCCCUUUGGCUUUAUUGCUGUGGUAAAAUAUGUAUAGCAAUGUAAGAGGUGAUAUUGGUCCCUUACCCAAACCUCUCAUGCUGUAGAUGUACUUCAACUGGUCUACAAUUAUGUUUUCUCUGUCCUUAAAUUCAGCAGUACAGUUGUGAUGAAAGUAUUGAUCCACCUCACUCUAAACUCAAGGUUUGGUAGCUCCUCUCUGUGCCAAAAGUCUAGUUAUGUAAUGAAUGAGUGAGGAAGGGAAGAAGGAAAUGUGCAGAAAGGAGAUACCAAACCAAAAGGAGGACUAAUAACUUGUCACCAACUGUACAUCUCUACCAAUAUAGUUUGUAAUUCACCUUUUUCCUUCUGUAAGAGUAUGGGCUACUGUCACCAGCCUCGUCCAACCUUUGGGGUGGAAGACUCACUAUUUACUAUGAAGAAAUUUUAAUAGAAUUUGAGAAAAUAAAAUCUGGUAAAUA